GAUCUUGCUUACUUGUCGUCAUGACUCAUAUAUAUAAAAGCGCAAUUCUGUCCUGCAAUCGCCACACAGAGCAAUAUGGAUUUGAAGCUAGUUACUGUUUUAUUUGGUCUCCUGUGUUUUACACAGUCACUACCGUUCCAGGAACGUGGGGAUAUAGAUGACAGAAGAGAGCUAGAAGAAAUCUUAAAAGAGCUUAAAUACCUAAGAGGAAAACCGAGACCAACUGGAUUGCCUAAAGAAGACGAAAGAAAAGCAGGAAAACCAAAACCAACUGGAUUGCCAAAAGGUAAAGACGAAAGUGAAGACAAGGGAAGACCACCACCAAAAGAGAGAAGACUCGGAAAAGAUGAUGUUGAUGAUGGAGACAAAACUGGAAAACCAAAACCAACUGGAUUGCCAAAAGGAGAAAGCGAAAAAGACGAAAGCGAAGAAAAGAAAAGACCCCCACCAAAAGAGAGACGACUCGGAGGAGGCGGAAAAGAUAGUGCUGAUGAUGAUGACAAAACUGGAAAACCAAAACCAACAGGAUUACCAGAAGGAGAAGACCAAGAAGACGGAAGUGAAGGAAAGGGAAGACCACCACCAAAAGAGAGAAGAUUCACUAAAGGUGGGAAAGAUAGUGCUGAUGAUGGAGACAAAAAAGGAAAACCAAGACCAACUGGAUUGCCAAAAGGCGACGACGAAAGUGAAGGAAAGGAAAGACCCCAACCAAAAGAGAGACGAUUUGGAGGAGGUGGAAAAGAUAGUGCUAAAAAAGAUGACAAAAGCAAACCAAGACCAACUGGAUUGCUAAAAGAAGGAGACGAUAAAAACAAGCUAGAAAAAGAUGGUGAAGAUGGCGAUAAAGGGCUAUAUGUAAGAACAAUAGAUGAUUUGGUUGCUAUAAUUGACAAAAAUCUAUGAAUAUAUUAACAGAUGGACCUGUACAAAAUGAAUAACCGAAAUGAUUAUGGACUUUGAGAACAAUACAUCUAUCAGCGAACUUCUGUUUAACUCUUAUAAAUCUAUCCAUUCUUAAACUUUUGUAAUGAAUAAAGAACUGCAUCGAU